CUUCUCUUCUACCCCCCACCUAUAAGCUCUUACGCCGCCAUGUUGUCCACCGUUUUUCCCACUGAUUCCCUUUUAUCCACCGCCAAUAACAACUCAUCUUUCUCCUUUAACGGCGGCUUUACGCCGUGGGAGAAACUCGAAUCUCUUUUUCCUAAUCCUAUUAUGGAAAAAGAUAAUGCCCAAAUUAAACCCGAAUCAAAAUUAAACAAAAACUUUUAUAUUAGUUGUUCAAAAAGUGAUGAACCUAAUUUUAGUCGUUACCAUGUCGGUUCGGACUUAGGUUCAUUAAGACCAAACCAAGAGUCUCCUUGUUUAGACAAACCGGACCUAGGGCAAAAUAAUGCCCAAAGUCCGACCUCUGUGCUCUUAAGUCCUAUUUUUGGUUCUGGCUUCGAAGACCCGAACCAAAAUCAAGAUUAUUUUAUGUUAAAUUCAUGUGCAGAUGAUCCAGAGCGUGCAGUGAUCAUGGACGAGAAAAAGCGUAAGCGGAUGAUAUCAAAUCGGGAAUCAGCUAGACGGUCACGCAUGCGAAAACAAAAACACGUAGAAAAUUUAAUUAAUAAUGCAAACCAAUUAAAGAUCCAAACUCGGGAGCGGUCCAACCAAUUACGGCUCAUGACACAUCAUAUUCACCUCGUAAGGAAAGAAAAUGACCGGCUUAAAUCCGAGUCAGUCGUUCUACGCAGGAAAUUAUAUGAACUCGGACAAAUGUGGCAACUUCAACAAUAUUCUUAUCAUCUUCAUUCUUAUUCCCUUCCACCUCCUUCACCAUCUUCAUGUGCGGCGACGCUAAUGAUUAUUUGACUCAAUUAUGGACAAAUAAAUUAAUCCACGUUCCAUUUUAUACUUAAUUUUUUUUUUUUGAAAAUAAGUAUGAAGCAAAGCAAUUAUAUAAGUAUAUAUUACUCUAUUUUAAAAUAUUUGCAAUUGAUAAUAAUAUAUAAUUUGAAAAUAAUAUUAUUAUCAAUUACAAAUAUAAUCCAACAAAUGCAGUACUAUUUUGACCGUGUUAAUAAAUAAAUAAUGGAACAAAUGAUUAAUUAUUAGUAAGAGCAACGCAACUAUUAGAUGCAUGCUCUAUUUGUCUCUUUAUUAUAGUUAGACUAUAAAUAGGAUUAUAUGUUAGGCUUUAGUCCAAGAAUUAGCGUACGAUGGUUUUUAUUUUAAUUUUUUGAGUUAAAUUCCUAUCAAAUAUAUAGGAAUUUCUAUUUUGUAAAGAGUAAAUUAAAGUUGGUGUUUGAUUUAUAAUAUUAAAUAACUUUUCGU